GGGGAAAGCUAGGUAUAUUGUAUCUGAUUGUGCUUUGGAAUUUCUUUUUGGGGUAUUCAUGUACAACGUUACCUGACACAAUCUCACCAAAGCCAUGGGGUUCCGCGAUAUCAUAGGUUUCAGGCGUGGGAUACAUAAGGACAAGGAGGAUGCUAACGGUGGUAUUCAAUUUCUUCGUCUUACAAUCUCUUUACCAAAAUUUUCCAUAACUCUACUCAGACCAUGACUAUAUCAACCUCCACCAAAUAUCGCGUAGCUGUUACUCAGCAUGAACCAGAAUGGUUUGAUUUACAGAAGUCGGUGGAAAAAACAUGUCGUAUUAUCACAGAGGCUGCAGAAAACGGUGCGCAACUGGUCACAUUCGCAGAAGCAUUUAUUCCAGGCUAUCCUGCGUGGAUAUGGACUCGCCCAGUUGACCCAAUACUCUCUACCACAUACAUUAAGAACUCCCUAGUCGUCGAUUCUGAUGAGAUGAGAACCAUCCAAAAUUGUGCUGCGAAGUAUGGAAUUGUCGUCUCUUUAGGAUUCUCCGAAAAUGACAAUAACUCAUUGUACAUUGCGCAAGCUAUCAUCGAUGGCGAUGGCACUAUAGUCAUGAAAAGAAGGAAGCUAAAGGCUACGCAUAUGGAGCGCACAAUAUUUGGGGACUCUUCUGGAGAUAGCCUUAUGAAUGUUGCUUCGACUCGCGUUGGAAAGGUUGGAACUCUAGCUUGCUGGGAACAUUGUCAACCGUUGUUGAAAUAUCAUACUUUACAUCAAAGGGAGCAAAUUCAUUGCUCGGCAUGGCCACCCAUUGUUAAUCAUACUGGUGGACCUGAGCUAUGGUCAAUGUCUCUGGAAGGGUGUCAAGCCCUUUCUCAAGUAUAUGCCAUUGAAUCUCAAACUUUCGUUCUUCAUACCACCACUGUCAUCACAGAAAAAGGAGUGAGCGCCAAUUCUUCGGAAGGAGGAUUGUUGAUGUCGGCGCCAGGAGGUGGUGCUUCGGUCAUUAUUGGACCCGAUGGACGAGUCGUUUCGACGCCUCUCGAAUCCACAACUGAAGGAAUUGUCUAUGGAGAUAUCGAUCUUGAUCAAGCGCUAUUUGCGCGCAGCUUCUUGGAUAUUUGUGGACACUAUAGCAGGCCGGAUCUUCUAUGGCUUGGUUGUGAUACUCGUGAACGCAAACUGAGGGUCGAGGAGAAGCUUGAAGUUACGGAGAAGUGGUGAAUCCUUGCUGCACUGUCUUUUUAAAUGGAAAUUCUUCACAAAUGAUUAGCUAAUAUUUAUUUAUGUUUACAACUAGUUAUAUAACUGGGUUUAAGAUGAUGUGAUCUCCUAUUCAAUGCUAAUCUGCA